AUGAAAAUUAUUGUUGAUUUCGGUGGAGGACUGGAUGUCUGUUUUGAAAACAAAAAGGAGAUAACAUUGGAAUUCGAAGAAUAAUAGAUUAAAAUGGCAGAUGUGAUAAUUAGACUGAAAACAAUAUGCAAUCCUAAGAAAUUGGACUUCUUCUACACUCAAUAACUAAGACCAGGAAUACUGGUGCUAAUAAAUGAUGCCGAUUGGGAAUUAGAGGAUAAAGAAGAAGCCCAAUUACAACACAACGAUAGAGUUAGUUUCAUAUCCACAUUACAUGGUGGUUGA